GUCAUUUUGGGGGGGGGGGGACACGAGGCAAGCCCACCCCCCCCGGCAAUAAAGGUGACACUUGGUGGCAGAGCGGGGGUCGUGGGGGGGUCACGGGGGGGGUCAUGCUGAGUCAGCAGGUUCGUAUUUUGGGACCCCUAGCGGGGGGGGGGGAGGGGUGACCCCCAAGUAGCCUCUCCCAGUCCAAACCAGUCCCUCCCAGUGCCCCCCAAACCCCUCCCAGUCCCCUCCCAGUGCCCCCCAAACCCCUCCCAGUCCAAACCAGCCCCUCCCAGUGCCCUCCAAACCUCUUCCAGUGCCUCCCAGUCCCCUCCCAGUGCCCUCCAGCCUCUCCCAGCCCUUCCCAGUCCCCUCCCAGUGCCAUCCAACCCCCUCCCAGUCUUUCCCAGUCCCCUCUCAGUGCCCUCCAAACCCCUCCCAGUCCCCUCCCAGUCUUUCCCAGUCCCCUCCAGUUCGCCCACCCACCCUUGGAGGACCCACCCCGUCCUCCACCGCCAGGGGGCGCGGUGGCACUCAACCCACCGGAAGCGGCGGCGUAGCAAGACCGGAAGUCGCCUUGAAGGCGCCCAAAGAGGCGUGGUUCUGUCCGUAGGGGGCGUGACUUAGCGGGCGCGGGCGGGACUGAAACCGAAGGGGGCGUGGCCUUGCAGCGGCGCGUGCAAGGGCAAAAAAGGGCGGGAACGAAACAGCGAAGGGGCGGGGCCGUGCGGCGGAAGUGACGUCACGCAGCCUGGCGGAGGCGGCGGUACCGGGCCGGGGUCGCUCCGGUGCCGCUCCCGGUUCUGCCGCUCCCGGCUCUGCUGCUGCCGCUCCCGGUUCUGCCGCUGCCGGCUCUGCCGGUGCCGGCUCUGCCGCUCCCGGCUCUGCCGCUGCCAUGCGGGCCGAGCUGCGGGGCCUCGCCGGGCCCGUGCCGCUGCCCGACGGGCAGCCCGUGCUGCUGGGCCGCGGGCCGCUCACCGGCGUCACCGACCGCAAGUGCUCCCGGCAGCAGGUGGAGAUCGUGGCCAACUACGCCGAGGGCACGGCCCAGGUCACACAGCGCGGGGUGAACCCCAGCUCGGUGGGGGGGUCGGUGCUGGGCCGGGGGGGCUGCGGGACCCUCGCCCCCGGGCAGACCCUGCUGCUGGUGAACGGGAGGUACCCCCUGGUGCUGCACUUCGAGGGGUGCCCCCACCCCAAAAAACGCCCGGCCAGCCCCCCCGAGGAGCCCCCCCCGGCCCGCAGAGCCCCCCCCAGCCCCUCCCGGGGCGGGGGGUGGCAGAAGCUGGGACCCCUCCUCAUCUUCACCCCCUCAGGGCUCCGGCCCAGCGCGAAGAUUGCGGGGUUCGACCUGGACGGGACCCUCAUCACCACCCGCUCGGGGAAGGUGUUUCCCACCAGCCCCGAUGACUGGAGGAUUUUGUACCCUCAGAUCCCCAAAAAGCUGAAACAGCUGCAGAAUGAGGGGUAUAAGCUCGUGGUGUUCACCAACCAACUGGGCAUCUCCCGGGGCCGGCUGCGCCCGGAGCUCUUCCAGGCCAAGGUGGAGGCGGUGACGCAGCAGCUCGGGGUGGCCCUGCAGGUGUUGGUGGCCACGGGGCCGGGGAUUUACAGGAAACCAGUGCUGGGAAUGUGGGACCACCUGUGUGAGAAGGCGAACGGGGACGUGACGGUGUCGGUGCCUGACAGUUUCUACGUGGGGGACGCUGCCGGACGCCCCCCAAACUGGGCCCCGGGGCGCAAGAAAAAGGAUUUCUCCUGCAGCGACCGCUUGUUCGCUCUCAACGCGGGGCUGCGGUUCCUGACUCCUGAGGAAAAGUUCCUGGGCUGGGCCCCAGCGCCCUUUGACCUCCCGGCCUUCGACCCCCGGGACCUGGACAAAGCUCCCCAAGAGCUCCCCGAGGCUGAACUGGUGUCGGACAGGCCGGAGGUGCUGCUGACCGUCGGCUUCCCUGGGGCCGGCAAAUCCACUUUUGUGAAGCGGCACCUGAUCCCGGCAGGAUACGAAUACGUGAACAGGGACACGCUGGGCUCGUGGCAACGCUGUGUCUCUGCCUGCUCGGCCGCCCUGGCUCGGGGCCGCGCCGUUGUCGUCGACAACACCAACCCUGACCCUGAAUCGCGGCAAAGGUUCGUGUCCUGUGCCCGCGAGGCUGCGGUGCCGUGUCGGUGCCUCCAGUUCACGGCGAGCCUGGAGCAGGCGCGGCACAACUGCAGGUUCCGGGAUAUGACGCAGAGUGGCCACGUCCCCGUCACUGACGCUGUUCUGUUCAGCUACAAGAAACAAUUUGUGGCCCCCGACCUCUCCGAAGGCUUCUCCCAAAUCCUCCAGAUCCCCUUUGUGCCCCAUUUUGGGGACCCCCCAGACCCCAACGAAGGCGCCUCUUCUUCCAGUUCAGCGAUGGAUGAAGACCCCCACUGAACCCCCAAAUAAAGGCACUGUCCCUCCCCCAAUUUUUGGGAGA